UCCCGCUGCUCAAACCGCGUCACAGAUCUCCGAUCCCCGCCUACAGACACGGUGAUCUCCGGCGCCCAUCCACACACGACCCAUGCGUGCUCCUGCAUUAAAACCAGACUCCCAUCAUAACUACAUACUAGUGCUGUUUACAUGACUGAUUUCGACCAAACAUGAUACGCAGCAUGAUAAUAAAAGGAGCGAAUUCCCCGUGUAUCCACACCCGGAGAGGAGGGCGCUCCCCCCCAGAGCUCAGCCCGGAGAGGAAGGCUCUUAUUCGGUCAGAUGGCGUGCCGCAGUCCGCCCACGCGUUUCUCGCGCCCACACAGCAGCGAAAGGAGCGUCAUUAACUGAGCGCACAGCAGAACAGAGAGACAACAACACAAGAGUUUCAAGAACAUUCACAUCUGCAGAAUAAGGUCUAGCAAGCACAGAAAACAACACGAGUUAGGGCGUAAAGGUUGAAGUCUAAUAACAGAACCAAAAAGUUUGACUCGUUUUGAAUUGAGUGGCAGAAGUUUUCGCUGGAGGCUCAAGAUUCUGUCUUGAAGACUCUCGAGCUAAUCAUCAGGAUGUCUCUACCACGAACGCUGGGCGAACUGCAGCUCUACCGAGUUUUACAACGAGCAAACCUGCUGAUGUACUACGACACCUUCAUCCAGCAGGGCGGCGAUGAUGUCCAGCAGCUGUGCGAGGCUGGAGAAGAGGAAUUUCUUGAGAUUAUGGCUCUAGUGGGCAUGGCCACAAAACCCCUGCAUGUGCGGCGAUUACAGAAAGCACUGCGUGACUGGGCAUCAAACCCAACGCUAUUCAACCAGCCAUUGACCACCAAUGUGGCUCCAUGUGGAGUUCCUCUACUUAGAAUUGACAGUGCUGGCAGUGCCAACUCAACAAUAAUGGGUGCAAGAAAAUCUAUAAGCAACGGUCAACCAGGAUCUCCAUGUGAACGAGAGGAUGUUGGAUCCUGCCUUACGCCACUUAGAGAAAACAGUCCGAAAAGUCCCUGUUCACAGGCAUCUCCAGUACCUCCAGACCACCACCUAUACAGGGAAAAGCUGUCCCCAAUGGACCCUCACUGGCUCAGCCCUGAAAUAUACGGAUCUGCAGAUUUAGAUGAAGAUCAACCCGUUCCUCCUUUACCCUUCGCUUGCCAUUCUCGCCUUUUAGGUCCACCAACGCCAACAUCAUCUUCAUCUUCAUCAUCCGCUUUGGCUUCUCCGUGGCCUGGAGGUCAGCUGGAUCCGGACACUAUUAAAGCUGUGGAGGACAGCGUGGAUCGGCUUCUGAGGACCAUGCCGCAAGCCGAUCAGACCGAGGUCAAGACGCUUUUGAGACUCAAUAAGAAAAUGGCCAAGACCGUGGGACACAUUUUCAACCUGGAAGCUCAGGACAAGAGCAAGGAGGAGGAGAUCCGCAAAUACAGCCUGAUCUACGGACGCUUCGACUCCAAGAGGAGGGAAGGGAAACAGCUUACACACCAUGAGAUGCUCAUCAACGAGGCGGCGGCUCAGUUCUGCAUUCGGGACAAUGCUCUGUUACUGCGCAGAGUUGAACUCUUCUCCCUAGCACGACAAGUGGCCAGAGAAUGUGCCUACACCUCUACAUUUAAACACCACAGGACGUACUCAGAGGAUUGUUCUGCCUCCGCUGACUGUGCUGCUCAGAAGAGAAUCAAGCUUGAUGUCACAGAUUCUGACAGGCUGUCGAAGGAUCCAGCGGUAAACAGUGACGUCAGAUCUACAGCAGAUGACAACAGUCUUUCUGGAGAGAGUCUGGACAGUUUAACACAAGAUCUGAGUCCUCAGUGUCAGGCGUCCUCGUCCCCUCACCCCCUCCCCGAAACCGGCCUCAUCACCUGGAGUCGGACGCUCAUGCAACAGACACUCAUGGAUGAGGGCCUCAGAUUGGCUAGAAUGGUGUCACGUGACCACGCCAGCAGAGUCAGCCUAGGGUCAGAAAAGAGACAGAUUUCAGAUGGAGGAGAAGGCGUCCGAGAGGAGAGGGCCGAGUACCAGAAGCUGCAGUCCAGCAAACACCAAAGAUGACCCAUAAUAACCAGCGGUCGCUCAGUCUCCAUGAUGAUCUCAGGUCUCCAUGAUGAUCUCAGGUCUCUCCGAGCCAUGUGUGUGUUCACUUCACUGUUCAUCAGUCCUUGGUAAAGCUGCAGUCAAAAAAUAACAAUGGACAUCUGCAUUUGUUUGAUGUGCUUUAAGGUAAUUGGUGAUUGUUUAUCAUACAUUAAAGGAUCACUGCACCUUUUUGGGCUCAUUUUUGAAUCCAUUCAGCUGAUUUAUGGGUCUGGAACGAGAAUGUACACUUCCUGACAAAAGUCUUGUCAUUGAUUUCAGUUGUAAGAGCAACAAAUAAUAGCUUAACUUCUAGUUGAUCAUUUGGAAAAGUGGCAGGAGGUGGAUUUUACCCAUGAAUCAUCUGUUGAGCUGCAUCCCAAUCAUCACAAAUACUGCAGAAGACCUACUGGAACCCACAUGGAGCCAAGAUUCUCUCUGAAAUCUGUCAAGUUUGAAGGUAAACUCAUGGUUUGGGGUUACAUUCAGUAUGGGGGCGUGCGAGAGAUCUGCAGAGUGGAUGAUCAACAUCAACAGCCUGAGGUAUCAAGACAUUUGUGCUGCCCAUUACAUUACAAACCACAGGAGAGGGCAAAUUCUUCAGCAGGAUAGCGCUCCUUCUCAUACUUCAGCCUCCACAUCAAAGCUCCUGAAAGCAAAGAAGGUCAAGGUGCUCCAGGAUUGGCCAACCCAGUCACCAGACAUGAACAUUGUUGAGCAUGUCUGGGGUAAGAUGGAGGAAGCAUUGAAGAUGAAUCCAAAGAGUCUUGAUGAACUCUGGGAGUCCUGCAAGAAGGCUUUCUUUGCCAUUCCAGAUGACUUUAUUAAUCAGUGAUUUGAGUCAUUGCAGAGAUGUAUGGAUGCAGUCCUCCAAGCUCAUGAUGGAGUCAGACACAAUAUUCAUUCUGUUUCCUCUGCAGCAUGACCACAUAUUCUAUACUGGACAUUAUUGAAGGUUCAGUGACAAGACUUUUGUCUAAGCAAAGUCAGACCUUACUGUCCUAAUUAGUUAAAAAUCAAGGUAUGAUCAUAUUUUAUUGUGGUAAAACAAGCGUAAUCUAGAGGCCUUUGCCUUUCAUAUAAGCCACUUCUGAUUCCAAAUGAUCAACUAGAAGUCAAGUUAUUAUUGGUUGUUCCUAAAACCUGAAUAGGCAACAAGACUUUGUUAGGUAGUGUAGUUCAUAACCAUAACUGUUUCAAUGAUUUAUGCUAAGCUAAAAGAGCUUUUUUUGAGUUUCUUUUGAGCACAAAAGGAGAAGUUUUAAUGAAUGUUGGAAACUAGUAGCAUUCAUUUCCAUAGUAAUGUUUGUUUACUACUAUGGAAAUCCAAAGUCAUCAGUUUCCAGUGUCUCUCUCUUUCUCUCUGUAAUGAGCAAACACACUAAUGCUUCACUUCAAACUGACAGAAAUUAGCUUGGAAUGGAAUGGAAAUCAAUGGUUAACAGCUUCCAGAAUGUCCAGUCUUAGUACACGAUGUAACUACAGAAGAGCCAAGCUUUAAAUAGGUAAAUUAUUGAAACUCUUUUUACAUUUUUUUUGUAUGAGAUGCUAACCCUACUGAAAAAAAACAGCUUAAACCAGCCUAAGCUGGUUGGCUGGUUUUAGCUGGUUGACCAGCCUGGUUUUAGAGGGGUUUUGGCCUGGCUAAGCUGGUUUUAGCUGGCCAUCUCCCAGCCUGACCAGCUAAGACCAGGCUGGAAAUGGCCAAAACCCCUCUGAAACCA